ACCCUAGCUCGCAUUUCCCCGAGCUUUAGAAACGAGCAACGGGCGAGGUUUCCCGAUCCAAUUCUUCAGAAAAAUGGGGAUCGAUUUGAUUGCAGGAGGUAAGAGCAAGAAGACCAAAAGGGUUGCUCCGAAAUCUGAUGAUGUUUAUCUCAAGCUUCUUGUCAAGCUUUACCGGUUUUUGGUAAGGAGGACCGGCAGCAGUUUCAAUGCUGUGAUUCUAAAGCGGCUCUUCAUGAGUAAAGUGAACAAGGCCCCAAUUUCUCUCUCGAGGCUUGUCCGCUUCAUGCAGGGGAAGGAGGACAAAGUUGCUGUAAUAGUUGGAACCGUGACUGAUGACUUGAGAGUGUAUGAGGUCCCUGCACUUAAGGUCACUGCACUUAGGUUCACUGAGACAGCCAGGGCAAGAAUCGAGAAAGCUGGAGGAGAAUGUUUGACAUUUGACCAGCUUGCUCUCCGAGCUCCCCUCGGCCAGAACACGGUUCUUCUUAGAGGGCCAAAGAAUGCUCGUGAAGCGGUGAAACACUUUGGUCCAGCUCCAGGUGUGCCGCACAGCCACACCAAGCCUUAUGUCCGUGCGAAGGGAAGAAAGUUCGAGAGGGCCAGAGGACGCAGAAACAGUCGUGGAUUCAAGGUUUAAUAUUUGAUAUCUUCGCCUUAUUUUUUUCCCCUAUUGCAGAACUCAAAGUUUUGUCGGACCAUCUAGUUUUGGGGUGUGCUCUGUUUGUGGACAAUGCAUCGCUCAAUUCUUUACAUCUUUGUCGAUUACUCAUUCUUGGCAUUAGCCUAUUUUGUGUUCGAGCUAAACCGGGUCAAUACCGGUUAGGGUUUUGGUUCA